GGCGGCCUCCGGUACGGCGGGCGGGCGGGCCACCCGGGACAGGAAGGCUGGCCGAGCUCACCUCUCUCCGAGCCGGGUGACCCAUGGGAUUUCUUUUAUGGUGUCUUUCCCUGAAAUGCCAAAGCCACCUGAUUAUUCAGAACUGAGUGACUCUUUAACGCUUGCCGUGGGAACAGGAAGAUUUUCAGGACCAUUGCACAGAGCAUGGAGAAUGAUGAACUUCCGUCAGCGGAUGGGAUGGAUUGGAGUGGGAUUGUAUCUGUUAGCAAGUGCGGCAGCAUUUUACUAUGUUUUUGAAAUCAGUGAGACUUACAACAGACUGGCCUUGGAACACAUUCAACAGCACCCUGAGGAGCCACUUGAAGGAACCACAUGGACACACUCCUUGAAAGUUCGGUUACUCUCCCUGCCUUUUUGGUUGUGGACAAUUAUUUUUCUGAUACCUUACUUACAGAUGUUUUUGUUCCUUUAUUCUUGUACCAGAGCUGACCCCAAAACAGUGGGCUACUGUAUCAUCCCGAUAUGCCUCGCAGUUAUUUGCAAUCGCCACCAGGCAUUUGUCAAGGCUUCUAAUCAGAUCAGCAGACUACAGUUGAUUGACACAUAAAACCAGUCACCGUUUUUUCCCUGCUGAUUGCAGAACUGCCAGUACCAUCUGGAGUCUGAUCACAAGACUGCAGUUCCUUCACAGUUCUCAGGAAGUUGUGGUGGGGCAGGGGGUUUUUAAAAAGUGCGAUUGGGGGCUGUCUUCAUCUGAAUUAUACUGAAUUUUUAGGUAAAGCCUGAGAUACAAAAUCAUGUUGAUGAUGUCAGAUUUUGGAAGUAAUAUCGUGUGUGUUAUUUUAAUUCUUUAGAAACUUGAAUAAGCACCUGAACUCAUAUUUUUAUUCUACUGUGCAACAUAGUGAUGAUUCAGUAUUUUUCCUUUGGGGAAAAAAAUGAAUGACUAUGAACAUUUUCCAUUGCGUUAAAUGUAAAAAGGUCCAAACAUGGUCAUAAAAUUUAAAUUUUAUACAAUUAA